AUGAUUAAGGAGUCUCAAAAGUAUUUUUUUUGGUGCUUUAGACGCAGAUUUUUAGUUUCCAGAGUACAUGGAUUUAGGCCUAUUGUUUUUUCUUUGUUUUUAUUGCAAAAGCUAAGAGAAUAUUCUACAAAAAAUAUAUGUUCGGGAUGUGGAUCAUUAUUUGAAUCAACACUUCCAAAGUAUUAUUUACAGGACAGUUUUUGUGAGGAGAAGUCUUUAUUAGGCUUUAGAAGUCGUCAGAGACAGGAAGAAGAUAGAGUAUUUGAUGAUGCUAUGGUAAAUCUUAAUGAAACGCUGCGUUCUCAACUUUUAGAGACAAUUCCAAAAAAACAGUCAUCAAUGUUUUUUCAAAAAAAAAAAACUCAAAGAGUUCUAUGCAGGAGAUGCCACGGUUUAAUUCAUCAUUCUACAUUGUCUACUGAGUUCCUUACACAUUCAGAAACAUUAUCAUCUGCAAGUUGGGUAUCUGCACUUUUAAAGGAAAAAAAUGCUCUCUUAAUUCAUGUUAUUGAUUCUAUUGAUUUUCCGCAUUCAUAUGUUCCGGAAUUGCAUAAAUUAUUUGAAAAAGUAGCUCGUAUUUUUUAUGUAAUUAACAAAAUUGACAUAAUAUCUGAAAAAAAGUCUAUGUUGGGGAAAAUACAUGAUUAUUUUCUUUUAGAAAUGUCAAAAUUGACACUCGAUGUAAAAGAAAAAAUACUACCUUUUAUUAUUUUGACAAGUGCUGUAAAAGGAUGGGGUAUAGAACAACUAAUAACAUCUAUCAAUAAAUAUAAGGCUAAAAAAAGUAAUAUAUAUAUUAUUGGUAUGACUAAUGUUGGUAAAUCGUCUAUUAUUUCUAAAUUUGCAUCUCGAGUUGGUUAUGAAGAAACACCUACCGUUAGUUUUUUACCAAAUACAACAAUUAAUCCAAUAAAUAUAGAUAUAAAUAGAUUAGGGAAUUUGUUCAAAAAUAAUGGGGUAAUUAUAGAUACACCUGGAAUUUCUUCUCCAGGUAGACAAUUAUAUAAAUAUGUUGACUACGAUAAUUUAAAAGUUUAUGUACCAAAAAAAAGAUUUCCUAGAAUAAAGCCAUUUGCAAUGAAAGCUGGGCAAACUCUUAUAAUAGAACGUAUUGUUAGAAUUGAUUGUUUAGAUACGGUAAACACUAAUAAUCGAUUAAUAAUUACUCCAUAUAUAUUUCUCCCAAUACAUCUUACAAGUACAAAAAAGGCUGAACAAAUUUUUAAAAUGUGCUCCAAUAAUAGUAUUGACAGUUGUAAUAAAAUUUUAUUAGAAAAUGAAGUAGAAAAAAUUGUAUAUCCUAACCAGACUAAAAAUAUUGGGCAUAAGGAAAGUAAAGAUAUUGUAAUUGCAGGCUUUGGAUGGAUUAAUGUAAGAACAACUCAUGGAUGUAAAGAUAUUAAAAUAUUUUCACCAAAAAUUGAAGGCAUACUUUUGCGUGAUUCUUUAAUGCAAUAUAUAACAUAA